GUUCAGUCUUAGAAGUUAGCAUUUUCUUUCCAUUUCUCUCUACUUUUUCCCCACAAUUUUUGUCUGUUGAGUGUUAACUCACUCCCUACUUUCAAGUUUUAGUAGCUUAUGAGUUGCAUCUGCCACCUCCAUUCAAAUGCUCAGUACUUGGAUUCUGUGCUGCGUUAUUCUUCAAUAUUAUGUGAAUCUUAUCCAGUUUUUUGGGCUCUGAAUCCUGAGAGUUUCUACACUGAACACUAUGAGUGUGGAUCUGAAAAAAACUGCCUCUAACGGCCAUGAGAAAAUGUUGAUAUCACAAGAACAACAGGCAAAGAUCAUUGAGGUGAGAAGGUUGAUAGGGCCAUUAUCAGAUAAGGCAUCUGUGUAUUGCUUUGAUGCAUCCGUGUCAAGGUAUUUAAGCUCACAAAAUUGGAAAGUCAAUAAGGCAGCUCAAAUGUUGAAACAGAGCCUAAAAUGGAGAGAAGAAUACAAACCUGAAGAGAUUCGCUGGGAAGAGGUUGCCGAUGAAGCAGAGAGAGGGAAAAUGUAUAGACCAAGUUAUCAUGACAAGCAUGGGAGAUCAGUCCUUGUAAUGAGAACUGGUCGCCAGAGCUCAAAGUCGAUGAAGUAUUUUGUAUACUGCAUGGAGAAAGCCAUUUUAAAUCUUCCACCAAACCAGGAACAGAUGAUCUGGCUGAUUGAUUUCCAUGGUUUCAAUUUGUCAAGUAUAUCAGUCAAGUUCGCACGUGAAAUUACCCAUGUAUUUCAACAAUACUAUCCAGAGCGGCUGGGUUUAGCAAUAAUGUACAAUGCACCUAAGAUCUUCCAACCAUUCUUCACGAUGAUAAAGCAAAUGUUAGCGCCUGAGACUUAUAACAAAGUAAAGUUUGCUUAUUCCAACGACCACAACACAAAGAAGAUUAUGGAGGAUUUGUUUGAUAUGGAUCAUCUUGAAUCUGCAUUUGGUGGGAAUGACAACGCAGGAUUUGACAUAAAAAAAUAUGCCGAGAUAAUGAAAGAGGAAGACAAUAAGAUGCACUCUUUCUGGACAACAACAAAGUCCCUAUCAUCAGUUUCGCACAAUGCUCCUUCUCUAGAUUUGAUCAGAUUAGAAGCAUAUUCUGAUGCUUCUAACAAUGAGAAAAUACACUGUUCGCCUGUUCCUUACCCUGAGCAAACUCAAGAGGACAGAAAUGCCAUAGCAUUAGAAUGAGAAAUUACACACCUAAAUCUUUUUUAAGGAGUGUUAGUCAACUGUAAUGUAGUAAGACGCCAGGCCAUUCUAGUUUGAAAACUAGCCAGCGUUAACUUUUUGUUGGAUUUAUGAUGAUAAAUGAUUUUACUUUGUGGUUUGAAGCUUUUGACCUUUAAAACAUGUAUGGAAUGCCUGCUUACGCAUCUAGCAGUCUUGUGCUUGACAAUAUUAUUCC